UACCAAAGUUAGAAUUAAAGUUAAACUUAUUUAUGAAGGAAACAGUUUAUUUAUGGUUAUAAGAUUAUGUCUCAUCAUAUAUCUUAACGUAUAUUGGAUAAUCUGAAAUUUAAAAACAACUUGGCAACUGCGGAGGACCAUCUAAACAGGAGUGACAAGGCCGACACCACUGCUCAUCAUGUGGGUUUGAUAAUUUCGUGUUAUACAGGCCCACACAGAUCACAUUGACAGCUUUGAUACAGCCACCAAUACUGCCGGAGUGAAGGAGCAAAAUGACGACCACUCUGAGUUUACCUCAGAUGGUAGAUCUGGCUCUGGGAACACCAGAGGUAGGGUCGGUUAACUUCAACGUACUUCACACCCUUCUCCAUGCGAUGCUCAAGAGAUUAGACAUCACGGAUGUCAAAGCCGACAUAAACAAAAUCGACAAAGAAUUUCUCUCGACCAGUUUAGAGAGAGAUGUUGUUGACAACAAAGAAACGGAAUCGGAGUCUGAAGGUGCAAAAGACUUUGGGAGUGAGAAGGACUCCGCCAUAUCUAUCCCUCCCCAACGUUCACACUAUCAUCAGCUAGAAGCUAAACUAGCGAGGUUGGAACAUCAAAUAGAUCAACUGAAUUCUUUACCAACUAACUCGGAUUUAUUUGACCGAGCUAGAGGGAGUGGGGACAAACCAAGACCCGUGGCUGACAUGUGGCAAUAUAUGCAGUUGAACAGAAGAGUAGAUGCAAAUGAAGAAGGGAUCGGAAAGCUUAUGACCAUUGUUGAAGACUUGAUGAGAGAACUGCAGGAAAUUCGAGAUUUCCAGGCCAAGCUAAAGGAACAGCUAGAUAAUUUGAACUUAGAAGAUCUAUUAAAAAGACUGAAAGACCUUGAAACUCUAACAAAUGAACUUAAUGACAAGUUCCUAAUGCUGCCUCUGCCUGAGGAGUUUGUAACUUGGGCAGGACUUGAAGAUGCCUUGAAUGGAGUCCGUAGGGACUUUGCCAACGCACAGCAACCUCAAGAGAGGAUUGUCAUAGAAAUGUCUAGUCAAACAGAAGUGCCACAGACAGUUUCUCGUCCAGUGUCUGCCAGACCCAUGUCUGCAGUUAGUUCAACAGGUCCGUCCCAAGAUCUGGCAGAUAUCCUGGAGAAGUUGGGAACACUUGGAGAAAGACAUGAUAAGCUGGAAGACAGGGUAGACAUUAUUGAGGAAGAAUUAAAAAAGAAAGCAGACAAAGAUGCUUUAGCAGGUCUAAGUAUUCCAGAUGAUCUCUUAGAAAAAAUCCAAAACCUCAAGGAUGAGCUGGAUGCAUUAUACAAACUGAGAGAAAAGGACAGUGAAGCCAUCACUAGAGCACAGAAAGCCAUCUUAGAUUUACAGGCUGAGGUGGAGAAGCUCAAUGGCACAACAAAUUUCCUCAUGGAUGAAAACACCAACAGACAGAAACAAAUAGAGAAUAUUUACUUGGUUACUAAUCGCCUUGAGGAGACCAAGGCUGACAAAGAAUAUGUAGACACUGAAGUGGAUGUGAAAGCAGACAAGAAAUCAGUUGAAGGAAAAGUGAACAGGAGUCUGUUUGACAGCACAUGUGCCGAGUUGAACAAGAUGAUCAAUGAUCUCUUAGAGAAACUGGCAGCUUAUGAGGAAGCUUGGAAGAAGGCCCAUGGUACCCUCAGUGAUGAUGUGGAGGGCAAGCUGGACCGCAUGGAGCUGGAUGCCCUCAAAGAUUACAUAGAUGCCAAGCUCAAGGCACUGAAUAAGAAGAUGAAUGCCACACAGGCACAUGACAUGGUCUCUCAGUUUGGAAUAUCUGACGAUGAUGCUGCUGGAAUAAGAAAACAACUUGUUACCAGAUUCCACUGCAUAAGCUGUGAUAGACCAGUGGACAUGAACCCUGCACAGCCUAUACCAUCCCUGCCAGCACCAGGUGCUCUACCUCCUACACGGUCCCCAAGACCCUAUACAACAUUUGAACUGGAGCAAAUAAGGCAACAUGCUAAAAGCUUGGGAAAUGGGAAGGUCUAUUAUAACAACAGUAUGAUGGGACCUGAUGGGGUGGACUACUACGCCACGACGCGUUCCUGCGGUGGCAACCAUACUACCACAUUCCCACACAGGCGUAUGACCAGGAUCACCAACACUAAGGACAUCUACAGGGAGGAGGAGAUACCAGCAGCGUAUCUCGCACUUUCAAGAGAGGAGAGAGAUAUCAAGGGGUCAGAUGGACAUGUUUACAGAGGCAGGCUGGACCCCAGGAGCCAAAUAGAGGCCAGGCUACCAACACAUUUACAGGCACAAGAGACUGCCCCUGCUGCCCCCGCUGCACCAUCACGUAAGAUGCAAACCAGCCCACCCGGUCGUAACCCACGCACGGUGCGUCCUCCCCCAAGCUCUGCGGCAUCUAGUCGCAGGCCGCAGUCCUCUGGUUCUGGAGGUGGUGAACGUCCAACAACCGCACGUCCUUCUUCGCGCCCAACCUCGGCACAUCCAGGGUCUUCUCGCCCUCAGUCCGCGCACACACCACAACCUCACCCAACACCCCAACCCCCAGAGGAAGCACCACACCAGCCAUCACCACCUCCCCCUCAGAUACCAACUGAAGCCUUUGCAGAACCCCCAGCAGAGCAGCCAGCUGAGGCACAGCAACCACAGUCCACUGAACAAAAUGUUCCAGUUCCUGAGCAGCCUGCAGAAGAGGCGGAGGAAAUUCCCAAGGAAUAAAAGGACAUUGGUUUUGUUUUUUAAUGUUGGAAAAUGACAUGUUACAUUGUUCUAAAGCCUGCUUGGUCAGGAGUGUCCUUUUAUGAAUACAGUUAUGUCAUGCUCAUGAAUUUUUUGGAUAUAUAUUAAAGUUCAGUCUUACAUUUUCUCUAAAUGUUGCUGUAAAUUGACAAAUGUGGCUGCUGUGCAGUGGAUUUGGAAACUUGGAAACAUUUACUAUUUAAAAUGUUUUAAUGGGAUUGGUUUGUCAAGUCACUUAACUGUUAGACAAUCGACUGAACUUCUGCUCAAGUCAAAAAUGAGCUUUGAACCAAAAAAUGUAAAUGUUAACUGCACUGUACAUAAAGCACUCAAAACACAGACCAUCCUUUUGGUUGAUUUGUAAUUCUAUUGUCUACUUGAUUUCCUUGCAUAUGUUCCUUUUUUCACUUUUUUAAAUGCAAGAUGAUGGCCAUGUGUAAAUUUGAGUUUAUAAAUAUGAUAGGAACUGUCAAUUUGAUGCUUUUGUAGUAAAACAUUAGUAUUGAUAAUUAGGUGUUCCAGUUUGAAACACAGGGCAUAAUAUAUUAGAUAUGCACAAGUGCAAUGUUCCAGUUACAAACAGCAUUACUUUCAUUGGACUGAGAAAACUACAUUUUUUGAUUUCAGAUUUUAAGACAUGAUUUUGUAUUGAACAGAAAAGCAUAAAUGUAGCGAUGAAGUGAAUUUUUUGCAAAUGCUUGAAGAAAUUGUGAUUCUGAUAUCUUAUUUAAAUUGUUCACUCGUGUUGUGAUCACAGCUCACAAGUUAAAACAAAUACAAAUUGAUCCAAUCCAUCCAACAGUUCUGCAUUCUACAGUGAGAAUCAAAGUAGUAUAAUUUGUGCCACAGUAUUCUACGCAUUUGUUUCUUCCUUUAUUAUUAAAGUUGCACUGUGAUAUGAAACUUAAUGGGCCUAGGUGUAGGUUUGUGAUCUUUAUACCUAGUGAAUUUGAAAUGACUGAUGAUCAAAAUAAAUAUCUUUCUUACUCAACAAAAAUACAUGUUC